CACUUAUAAGACAGUUUGUUGUGAAACUGGGAAGUUGUCAUGUUCAAGACAUGAACUUAGUGAGGUCAUAUUCGAAUUGAGGACACAAUAUCAUUUCGAUUAUGAUUAUGUUUAAUAGUGUAUAUCGUUGCGGUUUAUUGUUAAUACGUAUGCGGCUUCUUGCCGUUUCAUAAAGUUGGUGGUAUUGUAUGUCUUCUACCCAACGACAUGUAUCGUUAGUUAUCGUGUUAACAAUCGGAUAAAGGAUGGAGUUCAUAUUUUUUUUACGUUUAAAACAGUGGCUGUGGGGUGGUAAGAUUAACAGAUCAAGGUGAUAAGGCUUGGUUUAGUUAAAUAAUGGCACAAGAAGUAGAUGAAAUUAAUCUAACCCCCCAAGAACUUCAGGUGUUAUCUGAACUUGAUAGUCGGCAGUUUGGAUUUUUAAAACUUAACACACCUGAAGAAAGUAAAAAGAAGGAUUUAGUUUUAAAGGUAGGUGUUAUUAUGCAAAGUUGUAUAUUGUCCUUUUCUUCAUUAUAUUGUGAGUAUUGCUAUAUUUCUAUGUUGCAGGCUGUAAAAUAUUUGGAACGCAUGCUUAUGCAAGCACAAGAAGAAAAGGAGAGGAAGAAAGAACUUGGUAAAGAUGAAUCAAGUGAUAUUAAAGAAAGUGUAAAUAUUGACCCUAAAACUUAUUGUAAACUUGGCCACUUUCAUCUUUUACUGGAAGAUUAUGCUAAAGCGAUGUCAGCUUAUCAGAAGUUCUUCAAAUUGAAACCUGAUCACUGGAAGGAUCCCUGUUUUCUCUAUGGACAGGGCUUGGUUUAUUUCCACUACAAUGCUUUCCAAUGGGCAGUGAAGGCUUUCCAGCAGGUUCUUUACGUGGAACCUGGAUUUUCCCGGGCCAAUGAGGUUCACCUACGUCUCGGGUUGAUGUUCAAAGUUAACAACGAUUGGGAAUCGUCUUUGAAACAUCUUCAAUUAGCAUUAAUUGAUGCUAGUGCUUGUACUUUUUCAAAAAUAGAAAUUAAAUUCCAUAUUGCUCAUCUGUAUGAAGUCCAAGGGAAAUACAAGUCUGCCAAGGAUAAUUAUGAACUCUUGUUGAAAGAAAAAGAAUUACCUAUCAACUUAAAAGCUGACAUUUGUAGGCAGUUAGGAUGGAUGUAUCAUUGUGUUGAUUCUUUGGGUGACAAAAAAAAUAGAGAAUCUCAAGCUAUUGUUUGCCUUCAGAAGUCGAUAGAAGCUGAUCCUAAAUCCGGACAAUCAUUGUAUCUCCUUGGAAGGUGUUACGCGAGUGUUGGGAAAGUUCAUGAUGCUUUCAUAGCGUACAGAAAUUCUGUAGAAAAAUCUGAGGGAAAUGCUGAUACUUGGUGCUCUAUAGGAGUCCUUUACCAGCAGCAGAAUCAGCCUAUGGAUGCACUCCAAGCUUACAUAUGUGCUGUUCAAUUAGAUAAAAGCCACAGUGCAGCUUGGACGAAUUUAGGUAUACUGUACGAAAGCUGCAAUCAGCCAAAGGAUGCUUAUGCAUGCUAUGUAAACGCAACCCGAGUUGGAGAAAAUAACAAUAAUAAUAACGAAGGAGAAAGGAACAGUGUGACACAGAUCACACCAAGGGUUUCCAUGCAUAUGAACCCAAAUCUUGCUCAAAGGAUACAGUUUCUUCAGACUCAUUUAGGAAACGCACCAAUGCCUAGCAUAACUAGCAAACGAAGGCAGCUUCCUUCUAUAGAGGAAGCAUGGAAUUUGCCAAUCUCUGCAGAAAUGUCUUCAAGACAACAACAGCAACAACAAACUCAAGGGAGUAACCAAAGGAUCGGUCAACAACAAUAUCAAAAAUCACAGACAGGUAGUGUGAACGGAGCUAAUGGUCAUCAUCAGGUAUCACCACAGGGACCGCCACCUCCUUAUCCCGCUCAGGGCAAUCAAGCGGCCCCGGCCAACAAAAGAUUUAAAACUGAGGAGACGCCUAGAACUACUACGAAUGGAGGAGCUAGGGUGGCCACGCCUACCACUCCCAAUCCUCCGUUCUACCUUAACCAGCAACAGCUUCAGAUGCUGCAGUUCCUACAGCAAAGCCAACCUACUCUUACAACUCAGCAAAAUCAAAUGCUGCAGCAGUUGCUUCAUCAAUACAGAUUAAUGCAACAGCAUCAGCAACAACUGAGACUGCAACAACAACAGCAACAGCAGCAGCAGCAGCAACAGCAACAACAACAACAGCAGCAGCAGCAGCAAAGGGUAGUAACUCCAGGUGCUACAACACCUCAGUAUUCUGGCAACUAUCAUACCUCAGUCAUAAAAUCCUAUCCACCAGGUGGAGUCUCUCCCCAGUCGGACACAGGCAGCUUCAGUGGCAGUUCCCAAUCACCCCAACCAGGGGGCACCUUUAGGCAGAACAGCCAGUUCCAACAGUCUCAGUUCCCGUUCAACCAACAACAACCUCUCUUCAACCAGACAUCAAGUUCUUGUGCGAGCAGUACUGAUGUUGUUGGUGUCAGUGAUCAAGAGUUACAGGCUCUUUUGUCGCAGAAAGACAUUGCGACAUCACUCGCCGAAGAUUUACUUAAACACUUUAGUUCUCCUGCACCAAGCGAAGAACUUGACACAAAGGACCCUUCAGUUUUGGACCAAGCCUUUGCCAAUGGAAAGUCACCUACAAGUACUCCAACCAGUUCAGGGGUUACGACGUCAGCGAUAGCAAAAAGUCAAGAUUCAAAUAGUCCAAGACCCAGCUCAGUGAACAGUAUAAAAUCUGAAGGAUCUGAGAUGAGGCUAAAGACAGAACCCAACGAAGAUGAAAAGGUUCAGAUCGGUUCCCUCCUCGAUAUCCAACCUGAAGUGGAGUUCAACAUUGAUAUGGAUGCCAAGACUAUCAUCGAAGCAUGCAAGGGUAGAGGCGAAUUAGGAGUACCUAACUGCAAUGUCGUGAGCGACCGGCAAGAACCACCAUCUCCUCCAGAUCCUCCUCCUGUAAGGCUGACGAGAGAGCAAUUGCUUCCUCCGACCCCUAGCGUUUACCUUGAAGGAAAGAAAGAUGCUUUCAGUCCUCAACUCCAGGAAUUCUGCCUAAAGCAUCCCAUUGCGGUGAUUAGAGGGCUAGCUGCAGCUCUCAAACUUGACUUAGGAUUGUUCUCGACAAAAACCCUCGUGGAAGCCAAUCCUGACCAUACGAUAGAAGUGAGAACCCAGGUGCAGCAAACCUCAGAUGAAAACUGGGACCCGACACUCGGAGGAAGAGGGUGGUCGUGCAUUAGCCACAGGUCACACACGACCAUUGCUAAAUAUGCUCAAUACCAGGCUUCUUCAUUUCAAGAAAGUCUCAAGGAAGAACGAGAAAAAGUAGAAAAGGUCGGUAUUCACGCACCUAACAACACAAUGAAUAGUAACUUAUCAGAUUCAGAUUCUAAAGAUUCGACUGGAAAUGUUCGCAAGAAAAAGAAUGCAACUGGUGUACCUGGUUUGAAAGCACCACCUGGAUCUAAAAUGUUGAGAUUUGGUACAAAUGUAGACCUCUCAGAUGAAAGGAAGUGGAAACCACAACUCCAGGAACUAAUGAAGCUGCCAGCUUUUGCACGUGUUGUUUCAGCUGGCAACAUGCUAUCUCAUGUCGGCCAUGUCAUUCUCGGCAUGAACACUGUACAAUUGUAUAUGAAGGUUCCUGGAAGUAGAACGCCCGGUCAUCAAGAAAACAACAACUUCUGUUCUAUAAAUAUCAAUAUAGGACCUGGAGAUUGUGAGUGGUUCGCUGUACCAGAUGCUUAUUGGGGAGUGAUUUAUAAUCUCUGCGAAAGGUACAGUCUAAACUACCUCCAUGGUUCCUGGUGGCCCGCACUGGAGGAUCUCUAUGAAGAAAACGUUCCUGUAUACCGAUUUCUUCAAAGGCCUGGAGAUCUUGUCUGGGUCAAUUCAGGAUGUGUCCAUUGGGUCCAGGCUAUUGGUUGGUGCAAUAAUAUUGCGUGGAACGUUGGUCCAUUGACAGCUCGCCAGUACCAGCUGGCUAUAGAACGUUAUGAAUGGAACAAACUGCAGAGCUUCAAGAGUAUAGUUCCUAUGGUGCAUCUAUCUUGGAACCUUGCAAGAAACAUCAAAGUAUCCGACCCCAAACUAUUCGAACUUAUUAAGAGCUGCUUAUUGAGGACAUUGAAACAUUGUGCUUUGACUCUUGAAUUCGUUAAGGCCAAAGGUGUGGAAGUCAGAUUUCACGGAAGAGGGAAAAAUGAAGCGUCCCAUUACUGUGGCCAGUGUGAGAUGGAAGUGUUUAAUAUCUUGUUCAUAAGAGAACAAGAAAAGAGACAUGUAGUGCAUUGCCUUGACUGUGCGAGAAAACAGUCACCUACCUUGGAAGGGUUCGUCUGCUUAGAAGAAUAUAGAAUGUCUGAACUCAUGGAAGUUUUUGACAAUUUCACAAUUCAUCCUGUGCAAAGCCCCAGUGGUUCGACUGUAUGAUGUUACUAACAACUAGAAGAUUGUGUCAAUUUGACUCACCUGAUGAACUGGAGUUAAUGAUGUGUUGUUUGAUAGCUCUAAAAUGUGCCAGGCUUAAGUGUAUCGAAAUGUCUCAUCAACAUAUCAUCGCGGAAUGAAGAAAUUUUUAAUUUAAAAUAAAAUGAGUAUCUCAAUGAAGACUGGUACUAUGGAAAGACUGCCUCCAUCAACUAUAGCUCACCUCAUCCAAGUGUCCAAGAUACGUUUAGUUAAAUAUUAGGGCAUAUCGAGCUUAGUUUAAUAAUGUAUUGAUUUUUAUUUGAGGCUUUAGCUAUUUUAUGGCAGUAUCUUGUUAACUUAACAAUUUUUGUAUAUUUAUUAUGACUUAUAUUUUAGAUUUGAAGGUUCAACUGACUGUUUAUUGUAAUUUGAUUUGACUGUUCAGCCUCAAUAACAUCUGUACUAACAGUUGCUAUUUUAUCGAGUCUGACAAACCCUGACCUUAGUUCAAAAGCCAUUAUGAUCUCACUAAUGUAAAUAGCAAAUAUUGUAAAUAAAAAUUAACUUGAAUCUCAUACCUCAAUAAUGGUGUGAUCAAGUAUGCCUUUUAAUUAUGGAAUCAAUGAUGAACGUUCAAAUUACAGUCUUCUGUGAUUUGGCGUCAGAAAUAUUUAGAAUAAUUAUGUAAAUCAUAGUUAUGACUGCCAUCGGUUUUUAUAAAGUUCAUCGUAUAUUGCUAUUUAUUUUGGUUUAAUUUCUUAAUUAUAACUGUAAGAUAUUAAAUGUAUAUUUAUAUAUAUAUAUAUAAAAACACGUGUUUUGUGUGUACAAACUAAUAAUUAUUUCAUGAAUUUUAUUUUUGUCCUUAAUAUCAUUAUUUCACUUGUUCGCAAUUGUAUAGUUUAAAAAUAUUGGUUUGGUGUUGUUUUGAAAAAAAGACAAGCUGUUACCUAUUUUUCUUUUAUUUCUUAAUUUAAAGAUUGUUGUGAUUUAAAAUUUAGAACCUGUUUGGUUUGUUUUUAAAUGUAUAAAGCUAACUUUGUCAGUGUUAAGAAGAAGUACGAUUAACAUAAGUUAUUGACUUUGAUAUUUCAUUGGUUGCCUUAUAGGAAUUAUGCUAUGAUUUCUUCUUUAUAGUCACUGCCAAACUAAAAUGAUAAGAAAAAAAAAAUAAAUAAGAAAGAUAAAAAAAGUUAAGAAACGUGUUUUGUAUUUAUUGUUUAAUAUUUAAGGAUUUUUUGAGACCAUUUUCUUCUCAAUAUUGGUACAAAUCAGAGUGUCUUAAGUGUAGUUUCAAAUGGCCAAUAGAUUCUUGAUAAUGUAUUUUCAAUACAAUUUUCAUAAAACUCGCAUCAGACUUUCAGCUGGAUUGAAAGCUUCGAUAAAAAUUUGUAAAAAUAUUUUAAAAUUAAAAAAAUGAACACUGCCAUUACUCAGGAAAAUAAUGUGUGUUGUUUUUGGGUUUAAUGAGAUCGGUGGAGUUGUUUUGCUUAGUUCAAUUGUGUUCAUUUGAUUAUAUUAAGACUUUUAGUUAAUUACCUUUUAUUAAGUGCUCAUAAUUAUCACAAUCAAAAAACAAUACUGAUCUCAGUUGAAUGGAUGUUUGCUACAUUUUCCAUUAGUUUAAAUUUUCAUAAUCUUUAUGAAUUAUUCAUGUUUUAUUUAUUUAUGUCAUUAAUUUUAUUAUACCAAUAUCAUAUAUUUCUUUUUAAUGAAUAAUAGUCCAUUAAGGUGCCUCUUAAAUCGAGAAGCAAUGUCGUUAUAGUAAACUAAGUGAAAACAAUUUUUGUAAAAUAUUUGACAUCGCCAAAACACUGCCAGUUAUAAUAAAAAUUGUAUAGUAAAAAAAAAAUGAAUUGUUUAUUUUGGGGAUAUUUUCCUCAUUAUACAUAUGGUUUAUUCGUUUAAUGUAAAUAAAUAGAAAUAAUAGGCUCCUUGUUAUAUUAUUGAAAAAAUUGUAAGUAGUAAAAUAUAAUGUGAUUAUAAUAAGGUUUUUCUUUUUUAAUCCUUUAGAAAUCUC